UCGCGACAGCUGUCGGAGUGAGGUAGUGAUAGGAGUUCCGGAAGUCGAGCAGGAUGGAGCGUGAAACGCAGCAAACUUCCUGUAAUUUCCUGGACUUCAACAAAAUGGCUAAGGUAAAGAAAGUGGUCGACGAAGCUCGGGAAACGAAUAACCCGGAGCUGGACUUGGUGGACCGAGGAAUAACGUCGAUUGAGGAGAUCCCAGGCCUCCUGUCCCUGACAAACCUUACAAGGUUAACUCUUAGCCACAACAAAAUCAGAGUUGUUCCAGCAAGCAUAGCAAAUUUGUACAACUUGGAAAUUUUGACAUUGUUCAAUAAUCACAUUGAGGAGCUCCCAACAUCAAUUUCUACGAUGGCAAAACUGCGAAUUCUUAACCUCGGAAUGAAUAGGCUGAGCUCCCUUCCUCGAGGUUUUGGAGCAUUUCCAGUGCUAGAAGUUCUCGAUCUGACUUACAACAACCUCAAUGAACGAACUCUGUCAACCAACUUUUUCAUCAUGGAUACACUGCGAGCUCUCUACCUUGGCGACAAUGAAUUUGAAAGGCUUCCUCCACAGAUAGGAGAGCUGAAGAACCUGCAAAUUCUCUCCCUGCGUGAGAAUGACUUGAUAGAGCUUCCAAAGGAGAUUGGCCAACUGACACGACUCAGGGAGCUACACAUUCAAGGCAACAGGCUCACCCUUCUCCCACCUGAACUAGGGAACUUGGAUCUUAUGAGCCAACGGUGUGUUGUGCGAAUGGAUGACAACCCGUGGGUACCUCCCAUCGCUGAUCAACUGGAAGUUGGUGUGACUCAUGUCAUUGAGUACAUAAGGAGCGAGACAUACAAAUAUGUUUAUGGCCGCAACACCCAAGGUACACUGUCUCCUCUUCCAAAGAAGUCUGACAAGAGCAAGAAAAUCAGUAAAAAGCGUGACCAUAACUGAAAAACUUCCACUUGGCUUCAUGUUUAGAACUUGCAUCUAGGCCUAGCUGAUGGCACAACAGUCAAAGUAUAUAACUGCCUUGUGUGUCUCUUUUUUUAAACUGGUUUGUCAACUUGCCUUCAUCUUCUGUGUUAGGAGGCAACAACAGAGAUACAACAUUUUAGUUUUUAUUUUAGUACUAUAGAUUUAGAACAUUAGUUUGUUGUUGCAAGCUAUACUAUUUAUAUGACACGUAUACUCAGAAAACAAAACUGCAUUCUUUCUUCUUUUUUUUUUACAUUUGUACAGAGCAUUGUUUCAAAUGGAAUAACAAAUGUAAAGCCUAAUUUCAGCCAUUGAUGUGCAUAGUGUUGUUCUUGUUGCUACUGUAAUCAUCUGCUUUAUGUGUAUCACUGGUAAUCCUUGUUGAUAGUAUACUUUUUUUAGAGCAUAGUGACACAUAGUGCAUUGCAGUUUCGAUGCUGUCAUGUUUUAUAAUACUGUGCAUGUACCAUGAUGCAUUUAAGUGUGCAAUGUCCCUUGACUGCAUAUAGUGGGGAUCAUUUAUAAUUUUCCUCGUGCAAGUUUCUGAAAGGACGGCUAUGUCCACUGCAGCAGCAGUGAUUGGUGACGAAGUUUAUGUUCACCACUUUGCAGUUGACUGGCACGUGCAUUCAAGGCUCGUGUUGAGCAAUUACUGAGUGGCAGAUUGACUUUGGACAAUUACUUGACACCUUCCUUACUUGGCCCAGUUUGUUACAUCACAGCCUUCAAAAGCAGGGAAAGUGGGGAGGCUUGAGAGGUGUACAGCCAACCUGCCCAUUUGUAUGCACAGGUGUGGCAUUGUCCAUGAAAGAGGUGGAAUACAUAAGAUAUUUAGUUCCACCGUGUUUGUUGCAUCCAACAUUAGAGAUCACACACCGAAGUAGCAAUUACAAUGCCCUUACAGAUAUAGAACGCAGUACUGUUCUGCUGGCGAAAACAUGAUAAUUGAGAGGAGAAACAGAAAAAAAUGUGCUGUUUUGAUUCUCGUCUUAGCUGAUGCUGCCAUUAUCAUCAGUGAAUGUACAGUGUCAUGCAUGAGCAACCAAAUCGUGGAAUGCAUCAGCAUUUGUACCGUAUUACCGCGCGUUUCUUGGCAUGCCGGAAUUAAACGAGGAUGACCAGCAUGCCCGAAAACCCAGUGUAUCCUGGCAUGCCGGGAUAUAAGGCCAUAAUGCGAUAUCGAAAAUUUGGUCCACCUUGCAAAAUCCUGCAUGCCGAGAAAUGCGCUGUAAUACGGUACCAAUUCCAGGUCUUCAAUUCGUUACUGAAAGGACCAUUGACUAUUUGUCAGUAUCUCUUCUGAAGUACAUAUAUCUGGAACACUUGACUCACUGGUUUUGUGAUUUUUUUGUGGAGUUUGCUACAAUGUGUUGUGCAGGGUGCAUCAUGAAAAUAGAAAGCAGUUUCAAUAUCAUAGCUGCGUGUUGUUCAAAACAGUCUUCGUUUUCACCUUAGGAGUCUUUUCUUCUAAUGUGCAUGCAAAGCCUUGUUGUACGUCCUCUCUACAAGGAUGAAGUCUCAUUUUGAGUAUGAAUCCUGUGGUGCACUGUGUUGUAUCGGGGGGGCCUUUAAAUGACAGCGGUGCACUACAUAGCGUAUUUAUGUAUUUACAUUGCAAUACUUCAUGCAAGGAUUGUGAACCUUAGAUGAACAUGAAAAAAUAUCACGUUCCCCAGAUAUGCAGCAUAAAUUACAGCUUUGUGGGAUAUGACUUAGAAAACUUGAACAUGGGAAACCUGAUCAAUCUGGGAUGCAGCGCAAAUCGUGUUCUCAUGCAAAAUUUCCGAAAUUUUGAACUGAAAACAGAAAAAGAAAACCUUUUUUUUUUUUUUUUUUUGAAAAAAUGGCUUGGAAGCAAGCGAGCUGGUGAAGAUGAUGCAUAAUGUAAAAACCCCCGAGACUAGGGAACUCGAAGGGACAGACACAACACGAAGUCUCAACUGCAAGCAUUUGAGACUUCGUGUUGUGUCUGUCCCUUCGUGUUCCCUAGUCUUGGGGUUUUUACAUUAUACACUAUGCUUUUUUUCUUGUUGUUGUUGAACCUUUGGGAAAAAAUAAAUUCUCACGCACAACUCAGAUCUACUAGAUAACGUUAGUUGACGUAUCGUAGUGUAAUAUGCAUUAUAAAUAUUUUAUUUGAAAAAGAAAAUACAGAAUAUAACAAGUUUAGAUCAAUGUAACCAUUUAUGCAAGGCUUGACAAGAACUAGCAAAGGCAUAAAGUUCUUAUGUGGAGAUGCAAAAUUCCCAGUAAUUUUGAUGUGCUUUCAAGAUGAAUAGGGGAAAAAAUUGUGCCACAGUUUUGCCUUUUUUCAUUUUUGGUGUCGCAGAUUUCCAGCUAUCUUCCCAGACACCGUGGAGAAAAAGAUAAUGGUUGUGUUUCACCAUAUUUUCUACCCUUUUUCCAAGGUCUCGCAUAUCGAGUUCUUCCCCACAAGAGAGCUUGGCAGUAGCAGAGAGGCAGAUUGCAGCAGAAAAAUGGCACCUUCAUGCUACAGCUCAAAAUAAAAUUAUAUGGGGUGCUUUUACAUAUGCGAAUUUUUGUCAAGUCCAACUGCAAUAACAAUAACAUAUUUUGCCUGCUAGUUGCUGAAGACCUUUCAAUGUGUUUUGCAGCCUAUUCCUACACUGCAUUGCUGCCAAAUGUACAGAGCACAGGGUAUGCCUCUAUACUUUACAUAUGAUGCACAGUUUAUCAAUUUCCUAUUAAUGUUGAAGCAUUGUGAGAAACUGCACAAUAAUAGAGCUCGUAAUUGAAAUGUGCUUCCUUUCACUCUGUAAAAUCUUCCCAGAACAGUAGCAUAUUUUCAUGCAUGAAAUGAAGAUCAUGUGUGUUAGCAGUGCCUUGUACCCAUGUACCACUAACCCCAGAAAAAUGACAUGAUUAUAGAAUGUAGGAAGGGAGUUGCCUCAGGACAGAAGCCGCCGAUAUUUCGAACAGAGACUGUUCUUCUUCUGGGCUUCUUCUCUUGCCCAGAAGAAGAACAGUCUCUGUUUGAAAUAUCGGCGGCUUCUGUCCUGAGGCAACUCCCUUCCUACAUUCUACCGGUUCGCUGGAUUUCUACCCAUCUAUGAUUAUAGAAUGUAUGACACUUACUAAGGUAAAAAUUGCUUAUAAUAAUUUCCGUUGCCAUGACAUACAGUAUGAAAGACAUUUAUUUGUCUUUGAAGUGGUGUCCUCCAGUACACGUUGUGGCUACACUACCAAUGCCACAUACGCAGGACACCUCAGCAGCCUUAACGAGUACCCAAUUUUUCUUUUCUUUGUUUACUUAAAGCUAAGCUGUAUGCUAAUAAUGGUUAUUAAAUGCAGAUGUGCCAAUCUAUGUAUGGCGUGUUAGCAUGAAUGCAAAAGCACACGAUGUAAAUCGUACCUUUUAAAAGAUCCUGGCAGCUAUCUUUGGGCGCGUUAAGUAGCAGCUCCAGAGCGCAGGGAGCGCACUCCUCUUCCGGAGCGUGGCGCUCUUUAUGCACUCGCACACUCCAGCUUGCAAGUCGGAGCGCGUAACUGCUGCUCUGGCUCCGUGAUGUAUGGAGGAAGGGGACGCCAGAAAAUCAAUGAGGUGCCUUGGAAACUUCACCAGAGUGCGUAUCCCCUCGUGGCUCUGAAAGACCGUUUAGCAGAGGCACCGGAGUACGAGGGACAGAGUACACCGAGCGCGUUGGACAGAGCCGCUACUUAACGCACCGCUUGUCUUACGAGAGCUGUGCUCCUGUGGUGUCACCCUGUACUAGAAUACAGUGCAAUACGUAAGGUAUUAGGAAAACUGGUUAAUGUAAAACAUGAACUUGCAAAUUUGUCAUCAGCAUUGAAGUGGAGGGUAUUUCUAUUGAAGGAGGACCUGCCAUAAACAAUUCUGAAUACUUUUGAACUCAAAAUCUAUAAACUGCAUCCUCACCCUACUUCACGACGUAGACAUAUAGAGGCACAGUGUCAUCUGCUUCAGCCAAUGACUGCAGGCUAUUUCAAACGUUGAAGGUCUUUGGCUGCGAGCGCUUGCCUGUGUAAGCAGCUGCAUCCUGUUUCUAUGUCUACAACUGCUAAAAGCAGGGUUGUGGUUGCAGGGAAUCCAAAGGAUUACAUCGUGUUUGGUAGUGAUCGGGUCUCAUGUAAUGUAGGAGGUGUUUCUACUGCGCUGUUCUGAUAUUUGUUUCCUUCAACAAUACAAGGUGCUUUAACUUAGUCUUCGGCAUGUGAAAAUAACCAAUCGCAAGAUGUAAUAAAUGAUUUGCCUCACGUUA